CCAUUGAUUUCCAUAACCUCUUUGAAGCUACAAAGAAGGUACUGUAGUUCCAGUCUUCCUUGAAAUAACAAGAGAUGAUUGUGCUCCUUGUGUUGAGCCUUGCUGCUCUGCUCCAACAGCCUGCUUCAAGAGCACAUGCACUAGAGGUUGGACCAGCUGAGCAAAAGCAAAUUCUUGACAAGCACAAUGCCCUGCGGAGAGGAGUGAAGCCAACCGCAAGCAACAUGCUGAAGAUGGAAUGGAGUCCUGCUGCGAGAGCGAAUGCCGAACGCUGGGCAAAGAAAUGUCAUUUUGGCCACAGCCCACAAGACCAAAGAAUUGCUGAUGGCUUUUCAUGCGGUGAAAAUAUAUUUUUAUCAUCUGACGCUACUUCAUGGGAUGACGUGAUUCAAGCCUGGUACGACGAGGUGGAAGAUUUCAAGUAUAGUGUUGGAGCAGUCCGUCCAGGGGCCGUAACUGACCAUUACACUCAGGUGGUUUGGUACAGGUCUUACAAAAUUGGUUGUUAUGCUGCCCACUGCCCUCAAAAUCCCCUGAAAUACCUCUACGUUUGCCAGUACUGUCCUGCAGGGAACAUACAAGGCUCACUUAAAACCCCAUAUAAGUCUGGACCACCUUGCGGGGACUGCCGUGAUGCUUGUGACAACAGAUUAUGCACCAAUCCUUGCAAAUAUACAGAUAUGUACAGCAACUGCCCUGACUUAGUGAAGUCACAAGGAUGUAGGAAACAAAACAUGCUGAAAGAUUGCACUGCUUCUUGCCUGUGUACCAAUGAAAUAAAAUAGGUCUCCUUUGGGCAUUUAUGAUUUUCGUUGAACUCCACAAACUCACCUUCAGCAUCUUUUAAUGAUCCUUUCCGAAUAAAAUUUGUAAACAUGAUUUUAAAAUUGAAAACUCAUAAAUUAUCUCGCAUACAUGGA